UUAAAAACCAAGGGUGCUGAACAAAAUUGAGCCUUUUUGGUUUGAGGCCAAGCCCUUCUUCUCCAACUUUAUAAUUUUUCAGAGGUGCAAGACUCAAAGUAGGGGUGCAGCUCGAAAUUUCUUGGUCCAGGCCCAAGGGGUGCAGCUGCAAAGUUGGAGGUGGCAUGUAGUAGUUGCUGGUAAGGCCCAAGGCCUCCUGUUUUUUUAUUUGCAGAAAUGGAUUUGGAGCGUGUUCAGCAUUGCACGUGGUGGCUGGAAGAGAGAAUGGGCCCAAUAGCUAGGCCCGAAGUCCCUUGCUCCAAAUCAGAAAUUUUAGGGGUCUCUUCAUUCCUCCAUGGAUCCCGUUAUUUUGACACCCUAUAUUUGACACUCAUUUGACACUGCCACGUGUCAGCGUGGUAUUGGCUAUUUUUUUUUUUUUUAAAUAUGGCCUGAAAAAUGCAGAGGUUUUCAGAGAAAUUGGUUUCCUUUUCUACCCCUGCGUAUUUUUAGUGCAACAGAUUCCUUCUCUCUCACAUUUGGGUUUCUCAUCGUGGUUUAGCGCUCACAGAGUCAUCUUCUCCGUCAGCCGCUGACAGUGUCGUCGUCUCCAGUGCUCUCCAGUGCUCUGAAAUGGCAAGUUCCGGAUUGGACCUUCGCUGGAACAAGUUGAGUGUGCGUCAUUCAUUUUCAACCAUGUAUAUUAGCGCUCUCAACGAACGGUUGACAGAGGACCAAAGGGAAGUCAUCUCCAAGACUCCAUUUUUUUGGUUUUUAGAGUUCAGUGGUAAAGUCACAUUGAAUGCUAAACUUUUGCGUGAGUUAACCAAGACAUGGGUGGAUUCCACGAACUCUUUUAUUAUUGCAAACAAACAUUUCAAUAUCAAUGAAAAUGAAUUUUGUUCAGGAAUAGGAUUGAGUUUAGAUGGUGAAAGCAUAAACUUGAAGCAUUCUUCAGUGGGUAAUAGUAAAUGUGUGAAGUAUUUAGGUCAGGACAUUACCCAUUUGAAAUUCAUCUUCAAAUUUUUGUUGAAAAAACACAAAAAAACCCUUCCUUGUGAGGUUUUUUGUAGCUUGUACAUCCUGUUGGGGAUAUGUGAGAUUUUAAUCUCAAAUCGUAGUGGACGAGUUUUUCCUGUAUUGUUUCUAAUUGUGGAUGAGUUGAGUAGUUUGAGUAAAUACUGUUGGGGUGGGUUAGUUUAUCGUUAUUUGUUAGACAACUUGAGUGAAGCCUCAGAUUCUNUGAAGAAAGGCAAANCAACAAGCAAUGUUUAUGUUGAUGGGUGUGUUUACAUGUUGCAGGUACUAAUUUCACAAGUAAAGUUUGGUAUAUUUGUUAUUUGAUUACG